AUGAGUGCAGCAAUGGCACCGACACUUGUGCCUCACUUUUCUCCACCUCUUGUUUCUGUGACAAGGCCUAAAGGCUUGGAAACACUGGAGAGAUGGAACACUAUUGCAAUUGUUGCAUACAACUUUGUUGUUAUUAGGGAUUUUGUCUAUCUUCUGUGUUCUCUGAUCAAUUUGAUAAAUGCAACCGAUCCAUCUUACCUUUAUCACAUUUGCCCAAACACUUCUACUUCCACCGGGAACAACACUUAUCAAACCAACCGAAAUCUUUUGUUCACUUCGCUUUCUUCCCAUGUCACUAUGUCACUCAUAGGUUUCUUCAACGCCACCGCAGGGGACGACCCCAACAAGGUCUACGGCCUCUUUCUUUGCCGGGGUGAUCUCAAUUCCACAACCUGCCAAGAUUGCGUCAAUUUUGCCACUUCGGAUGUAACUAGACGUUGCCCUGUUCAGAAAGGAGCAAUAAUAGGCUACGACGAGUGCCUUUUACGUUAUUCAAAUGAGCCUUUCUUCUCUACAGUGGAUGAUGACGGGGGAGUUAUGAUGGCUAAUGUAGACAGCGUUUCAGAAGCAGUCCGGUUUAGCGAGCUAGUGAAGAGAAUGAUGAACGAGACGGUAACUCAGGCUGCAAAUUCUCGGAAAAGGUUCAUGACGAAAAGGGGAAAUUUCACAUCCUCCCAAUCACUGUACUGUCUUGCACAGUGCACACAGGAACUUUCAAGUUUUGACUGUAAGAGAUGUCUUCAACAAUCCAUUUCACAGUUGCGGACGACGCAGCAAGGAGGAAGAAUGCUGUAUCCGAGUUGUAAUUGCCGGUAUGAACUGCACCCGUUUUAUAAUGAAAACGGAACUUUGGCUCCGGCAGUGCCUCACUCUCCUCCGCUUCUUGCUUCUGUGACAAGACCUGAAGGAAGAAGCCGAAUCUCAACUUCAAUAAUCAUUGCCAUCAUUGCUUCAAUUGCUGUCGCUGUGGUGCUUUCCAUUGCGAUAUAUUGUCUCAUAAGUAGGAGAGCAAUAAAGAAGAAUAGUGAUAUACAGGAAGAUGAUUUUGGGAAUGACAUUACAAAGGCCUUGCAAUUUGAUUUUGGGGCAAUUAAAGUAGCCACAAACAAUUUCUCAACUGAUAAUAAGUUGGGCGAAGGUGGAUUUGGUGAGGUUUAUAAGGGCAUACUUCCUAAUGGACAAGCAAUAGCUGUAAAGAGGCUUUCGAGAAGAUCCUGCCAGGGUUCUGCAGAAUUCAAGAAUGAAAUCGUAUUGGUAGCCAAGCUCCAACACAGAAAUUUGGUUAGGCUGUUGGGAUUUUGCUUGGAGGGAGAAGAAAAGAUUCUUAUAUAUGAAUUUGUUGCCAACAAAAGUCUUGACUAUUUUUUAUAUGAUCCUGAAAAGCGAGGACAAUUGGAUUGGUCUAGACGCUACAAGAUAAUUGGAGGCAUUGCUCGAGGGCUAUAUUAUCUUCAUGAGGAUUCUCAGCUUAAAAUUAUUCAUCGUGAUCUCAAAGCUAGCAAUGUAUUGUUAGACGAGAAUAUGAACCCUAAAAUUUCUGAUUUCGGCAUGGCGAAAAUAGUUGGAGUUGAUUCAUCCCAAGUACAUACAAACAAAGUAGUUGGGACAUAUGGUUACAUUUCACCAGAAUAUGCUAUAAAUGGGCAGUGUUCAGUGAAAUCCGAUGUGUAUAGUUUCGGAGUUCUAGUUUUAGAGAUUAUUACUGGCAAGAAGAGCAGCAAUUUCUAUCAAACAGAUGGUGCUGAGAAUCUCAUGAGCUACGCUUGGAAACACUGGAGAGAUGGAACACCCUGGCAAUUGUUGGAUCCAACUCUGUCAAAUUCUUAUUCAAGAGACGAAGUGAUCAGAUGCGUCCAUGUGGGGUUGUUAUGUGUCCAGGAAGAUCCAACAGAGAGACCAACAAUGGCAACAAUAGAUCUCAUGCUUAAUAGUUACUCUGUUACUCUUCCAUCACCGCAACAGCCGGCGUUUUACCUCGGCACUGGAAGGGAGGUGAGCAUGCCACCGCAGCUUGGCUUUGAUCAAACUACAAACACGACAACGCCAUGCUCGUUGUAUGAAGAAUCCAUUACUGAAUUAUAUCCUCGAUAAUGGGGGAUGACUGCUGAGCUUGUUCUUCAAGAAUCAAGAUUUUGUAUAAUAUGAUCUUGUUUACAUAUAUUAAGAUUGUGGGGUGGCUAGGAAAACUUGUGCUUAAAUAAAUAAAAGUUGUUUUUUGCUUGCCAAGAUCAACUACGAUGGAAUGAUAUCAAAUGCAGAUUAUCUAGACGACCAAGCCCAGGGUUUGGAAUAAUUGUAUUCUCACUUGGCAGGAUUACGAACUGGGAUUUGAGAUUGGAAAUACUUUUCACUUUUCAAGUGUUUGCGAAGUCACUCUUUUUGUUAUAUUCAAAAAGCUUUAUGGGCAAGCAGGCAUUCAAUCAUUCAUCUUA